UAAUGCCUCCACUACCACCCAGCUUCUCAGGGCAAGCGGCUGUUGCCAUCAGCUGUCCCCAGGGGCAGGUCCUUCGCAACUUUUGUACUUGAUCAAGAUGUGGUAACCUCUUUCCCUGGGCUCCACAGGCCUUAGAAAGGGAGGCUGGUUCUAGCAGGACCAGCACAACACCUGCUCAGUGCCCGGAGCCUGCUGGAAAGAGAUUGUCCUCUCACUUCUGGAGAAGAUGCAGACCCAGGAGAUCCUGAGGAUCCUGCGGCUGCCCGAGCUAGGGGACUUGGGCCAAUUUUUCCGCAGCCUCUCAGCCACCACCCUCGUGAGUAUGGGUGCUCUGGCAGCCAUCCUCGCCUACUGGCUCGCUCACCGGCCAAAGGCCUUGCAACCGCCAUGCAACCUCCUGAUGCAGUCCGAAGAAGUGGAGGACAGUGGUGGAGCCCGGCGAUCUGUGAUUGGAGGGAGCACGCAGCUGCUCACCCACUACUAUGACGAUGCCCGGACCAUGUACCAGGUGUUCCGCCGUGGGCUUAGUAUCUCAGGGAAUGGGCCCUGUCUUGGCUUCCGGAAGCCAAAGCAGCCUUACCAGUGGCUUUCCUACCAGGAGGUGGCCAACAGAGCUGAAUUUCUGGGGUCAGGACUUCUCCAGCAUGACUGUAAAGUGGGCACGGAGCAGUUCAUUGGUGUUUUCGCACAGAAUCGUCCAGAGUGGAUCAUUGCAGAGCUGGCCUGCUACACAUAUUCCAUGGUGGUAGUCCCCCUCUAUGACACACUGGGUCCAGGGGCUAUUCGCUACAUCAUCAAUACAGCGGACAUCUGCACGGUGAUUGUGGAUAAACCUCAGAAGGCCGUACUUCUGCUGGAGCAUGUGGAGAAGAAGGAGACUCCGGGGCUCAAGCUGAUCAUCCUCAUGGAACCAUUUGAGGAUGCCCUGAAAGAGAGAGGGCAGAAGUGUGGGGUGGACAUCAAAUCUAUGCAGGCCAUAGAGGACUGUGGCCAAGAGAAUCUCCAUGCCCCCGUGCCCCCACGUCCUGAUGACCUCUCCAUUGUGUGCUUCACCAGCGGCACAACAGGGAACCCCAAAGGUGCCAUGCUCACCCAUGGAAACGUGGUGGCUGACUUCUCAGGCUUCCUGAAAGUGACCGAGAAAGUGAUCUUUCCGAGACAGGACGAUGUGCUCAUCUCCUUCCUGCCUCUGGCUCACAUGUUUGAGAGAGUGAUCCAGUCUGUUGUCUACUGCCAUGGAGGCCGUGUGGGCUUCUUCCAGGGAGACAUCCGCCUCCUCUCAGAUGACAUGAAGGCUCUUCGCCCCACCAUCUUCCCUGUGGUCCCACGGCUGCUGAAUCGGAUGUAUGACAAGAUCUUCCACCAGGCAGACACUUCAUUAAAGCGCUGGCUCCUGGAGUUUGCAGCAAAGCGAAAGCAGGCUGAGGUCCGGAGUGGAAUCAUCAGAAACAAUAGCAUCUGGGAUGACCUCUUCUUUAAUAAGAUUCAGGCCAGUCUCGGUGGGCACGUGAGGAUGAUUGUUACGGGAGCAGCCCCCGCAUCACCAACCGUCCUCGGAUUCCUACGAGCAGCUCUGGGGUGCCAGGUCUAUGAAGGUUAUGGGCAAACUGAAUGUACAGCUGGGUGUACCUUCACAACACCAGGAGACUGGACCUCAGGGCACGUGGGGGCACCUCUGCCCUGCAAUCAUAUCAAGCUGGUCGAUGCAGAGGAACUCAACUACUGGACCAGUAAAGGAGAGGGAGAGAUAUGUGUGAAGGGACCAAAUGUGUUCAAAGGCUACUUAAAAGAUGAGGACAGGACAAAGGAGGCCCUGGACAGCGACGGCUGGCUUCACACUGGAGACAUUGGGAAAUGGCUGCCGGAGGGAACACUUAAAAUCAUCGAUCGGAAAAAGCACAUAUUUAAACUUGCUCAAGGGGAAUACGUUGCACCAGAGAAGAUUGAGAACAUCUACAUCCGGAGUGAGCCUGUGGCACAAGUCUAUGUCCAUGGGGACAGCUUAAAGGCCUUUUUGGUUGGCAUUGUUGUGCCUGACCCUGAAGUCAUGCCUGCAUGGGCCCAGAAGAAAGGAAUCAAAGGGACCUUCCAGGAGCUUUGCAAAAAUAAGGAGUUGAAGAAAGCCAUUCUGGAUGACUUGGUGAUGUUGGGGAAGGAAAGUGGACUCCAUUCUUUUGAACAGGUUAAAGCCAUUCACAUCCAUUGUGACAUGUUCUCAGUUCAAAAUGGUUUGCUGACACCAACACUAAAGGCUAAGAGACCCGAGCUGAGAGAGUACUUCAAAAAACAAAUCGAAGAGCUUUACUCAGCCUCCAUGUGAAGCUCAUGGAGGGUCCUACUCGGUCCAAUGAACUUCGCAGCAAUAUUACAGUUAUUCCCGAAAGACAGGAAGCUGAGUGACGCAGCUGAAAAUGAAAGAGCACCCUUGCGACUGAGCCUUUCCUGACCCAAGACGUCUCUAACAAUAUUUUCUCUACCAUCACCAAGUACACUUUAUUUUUAUUAAAUGAUAUUGUAGCAAGCUGCUAAAAAAUAUCACAAAUGGCAAUGUAAAAACAAAUCAAGACAUUUUCUCAAGAACUGUGUACCACUAAAAGUAAUAUAUUCUCAAUGUUCACAGAAUUCCAUUAAACAUAAAGGAAAAAAAACAUAACUGAUAUAUUGUACUUAAUUAUUUGUAGAAUAUUAACUAGAUACUGCGAAUGUCUAGGCAAUGUGGACUACCUCAUUAAAUAACUGACAAAGAUCACAGUUAGAUCAGACUCAAAACUUAGAGCAGGAAGUAGGAAGUCAUGCCCAAACAAAACAUGAUAGUUCACACGUGACCUGACUCCCGUCCUCUAUCAUGGCCAUCCCUGUUGAUGAAAGAGCCUUCCCUCUGAUUUUUACUUUUAUUUAUUAAAAAAAAUGAAAAUGUAGAUGUUCUUUUUAAAAUAUUAUAUUUAUUUAUCAAUUCCCAAAGGUCUUUCAGCACAUUUUCUCAUUUCUCAAGCUCACUGAAAUAUCCAGAAUCUAUGUACAGAUUCUAUGUGUGUAUUUAUGGACUUCUUACCAUAACGAAUUCAAAAGAUGUCUGUUGACUGCAGCAAAUGGAUUCUUGGCAGACACUUAGGGGAAGGAACUCAGUGAUUUCUCAGGGUGGGUGACAGUUCGUGUACCUGUGUUCCUGCUAGAGUCUUCCCCAUUUCCAUCUUUAAUAUGUCUAUACCAGGUCUGGGAAACUCAAUAUGGCUGAACUUCUGAACAUUUUUGCUUUCUUUUUAUAUGACUAUAAAGGCAGACAUGAGGAGGAGUAGAUGCUAUUUCUGAAUGAAAUAACUCUUCAAUGACACGAUGUGAAAGCACUUCUUCAGAAUUUUCCUAGAAAACUACUUAAGGCCAACAUAGAAAAAGACCUGCUAAUGGUAUAAUUCCAUUCUUAGAAUCUCUAUAUGUACUAAGUUUGACCAUUAAACCUUAAUUGUACCACAUUUUUAGAUGCAUCCUGAAUCUAGAUGCCAAGAUUCUGAUGUCACUAAAAGCCUCGAUUACAUGGACAGCUCAAAUUGUAUGCUUGGAGGAGGGCAAGCCCCUAGGGAAGUCUCUCUCCUCUGAUGGAACAGGACUCUGAAAGUAUAUGAAGAAUUCAUGAAGUCCGCGUGAUCUUUCCACGUAGAUAUAUAAUCAGUGUGGCAGGACAAGAACUCCUUAGCCCUAGAGGAAACCCAGCAUGGUUUGGAAGUGAAUGUUGUCAGCACAGCCUGCAUGAUCACACAGGCCUAUUGGAUGGUCCCAACCUGUUUGUAAGCGAAUGCUAUCAAUCAGAACCUGCAUCAUUGUGCAGGCCUGUUGGAUGGUCUAUAUCAAUGUUGGUUCACACGUUUCAGUCAUGUUGAGUCUUGAACUCAGCUUUAAAUGACGUAGUUAUUCAGGUACUUUUUUAAAAUUCAGGUACAUUCCUUGGGUAUAAUUUCUCUGAAGACUCAAUGUUGCACCUAUAAAUUUGGCUUUGAAUAAAUGAUCAGAUUCUGUUCACAUUAAUGUCUUUCACAGUGUGGAGGAUCAGAACCAGGGCCUUGCACAUGCUCAGCAAGCGCUGCGCCCCUGAGCUCUGCUCCCAGGGUGAAGUAAAUUUGAAAGACAUUUCUGACUAGACAGAUAACACAUCCAGAGCCGCAUGUGAGAAGCACAGGCUCUUUAGAUACUUCACACAUAUUUGAUAAUUAAAAUUGAAGACCAUUACCUGAAUUAGAUACUCAUAUUAUUUUAAGGGCAAGGAAUUUUGCACAUCAAAUAAAAGAAGCUGCUUUCCAUUGUCUGACUACUUGAUGAAAAUCUCAUAGUUGGCUUUGAUUCCAGCAGAAUUUUUGAACAGUGCAAUUUAAGCAAACAAUUGAAAAACUUAUCCUUAUUAUAUUUAUUCUUUGUUUCAGUUAGAUGUGAUUAAUUGUUAACAACCUUUGUUUGUUGUUUGUUUCUCAAAAGAUUCUGUGUUUCUAUUGAACUUCCCAAUCUGUGUGGGGGCUAUUUAUGGGAGGGCGCAGAUGUGCUUAGAAAGUUACAGUGGGCCUUAAGUUCAUCACAUGUCCUCUUGCUCCUCUGUGAAACACUACUUAACUUUGUAACAAAAAAAGAAAUGAAACAGUAUGUUAUCAAUGAAAAACUCCUUGUUUCAGAUUUCUCAAUCUUAUCUCAGGUGAUGAAAAACAAGUUAGUGUUUCUCUUUAACCAAUAUAGGAAAAAGGCUAAGCACUUAAGACUUGUCAUAAUCCCAGUGGGCACCCUAUACUGUUUAAAGUCUAGAGGCCACAGAAACUUGAUUCUUUAAUCAUAAAUAUGUUCUUAAAUGUUUGGCAUUUUUAUCUAUUUGUCACUCAAAUGUGUUACUAAUUCUCACAUUUUUUUUUACAAACCAACCCAGUUGGGGUAAACACUAUAAAACAGAUAUAUACAUUGCCCCAUUUGCUACAAAGGAUGUCUUUAUAGGUAGUAUUGAGACUUCCCCUCCAGGUGGCAGAGAAGACUGACUGGGUGUGGUCUGCAGGCCUAGCUCCAUGUAUUAGGAUCUUAAACUCACAGGUUCAAGAAGUAGCCAUACCCUGAACAGGGGAACCCCCCAAAAUUUCCAUUGAGAGUUUUACAGACAGGUAAUGUUUUAGCAAUUUGAAAACAACACUUAAAAUUGAUUGUAUUGCCUAUGAAAGAACCAAUGGUCAUUAAUUUUUCUGCCAUAAUAAAUGAAUUGUUUUUUAUGUUUUACAUAUAUUAAGCACAAGUGUGAUACAGUUAUUUAACAUGCAAAAUACUAGAAAAUGAAUGUUAAGAAUGGAAAAUUAUAUUUUUUGCAUGAAGACAAACUCCUUACAAAAUUGCUUAAUAUCUCAGGACAAAAGAAUGAAUAACCAUAUGUAAAACUGAUCAAUUAAAAGUUGGCUGUUUUUAUUUUAAGAAAACACUACAAUGAUAAAAAAGGAUCCUGACAGUCUUCAGCUCUCUCUUAAGUAUGCUGCAUAAUCCUGCCUGUGAACCUACAAAUAAUGCCAAGAGAGUGAGAUCAGCAAACAUGAGGACCAGUCCCUGAAUGAGAAUCUCCCCAUUGAGAAUAUGUUAAUGGUUGUACUGCGGAGGUGAUGCACACUUGAAAGUGUAAGCAAGCGUUUCUAACUCUAGUCCCAAACACACAGGGUUUUCAGGAGGUAAUACACCACUUAAGCACUCAUCUGACCGCUCAUUUUACAUUUCCUUGUUAAAUCAUUGCAAUGAUUGCAUGGGGAGGGGAAAAUGGCUAAUUUGAAGAAUUGCUUAUUCUACUUUCAAUUUUUGAAAAUCAAGGAAUUAAGAUAUUACUUUUUAAAUAUGCAUAGAUGUACCUUAACUGUAAUUAUAUUUUAGUUUGCUUUGUUAUAACGGCAUGAACAUCAAAUACAAAAUGCACUCAUGAACACUUUUGUAAAAAAUAAAGUUUUUUAUUU